ACAAGUCUUUUUUAAUUGCAAACCUGUUUAUUCUUUUUAAAAGAUGUAUAUUUUUCACCAAAUAUUUUCAGUGGUCGUUGAAUCAAUAAACAAUCAAAGAAUCAACACUAUUUUGUAUUUUAUUUUAAGAAAAAAUGGAAUCCGGAGAUGAGAUGGGAGGAAUAGAAAACGAUGAUAAAUUUAUUCAAGAAAAUAUUGAUGACCAAAAUAAACCUUUCGAGGAUUUUGAUUUGACCCAAGAAGAAAUUAGUGGAGUGAAAAUAAGGGAAGAUGUAGAUCCUUUGUACAGCACGCCGGUACAAGUGGAAGUCGCGCCCGUACAGUUGGAGGAUGUCGUGUCCUCACACGUGAUGGAUGCCCUGCCCGUAGAGAAAGUCGCGCCUGUACAAGGAAAUGGCUUAAAUUUGCCCAAACAAGCUGAUGUUUCUAUUCACAAUAUUGAGAAGGAAGAGAAGAGCAGAAGGGAUUUUCAACGGGAUCAGUUUCUCUGGAUAGAUUCUAAACAAGGCCCUGAUAUAAAGGUUUAUGGGAAGGAUGGAGUGUAUAGGGAAGCUCAUAGGAUCAUGCUAUCCCGACUGUCCCAUCUACUCUGCUCUAUUCUGAAACAGAAUCAAGAUGAGGAAGAUGUUGCGGUUAUCCUACCAGAUGUGCCUGGAGCAGUUCUAGACCUAGUACUAGACCUUGUAUACCGGGGUUGGGUGGGAGGACUAGGUCUAUCAAACAUCAGCCAGGUCCGAGAUGUUUGUAAAAUACUUGACAUGAGACAAGAAGACUUUGUAGUUCGAUCCGAGGAUAAAUACAGGUUGGGGAAGGAUAUUCUCCACCCCGUGGUAUCCCGGGACUCGGAUGAACCUGACUCCAUCAAUCUUAGCUCCGAUACCAGAGAGAACAGAAGCAAAACUCAGGGCAGUUUCCAGUGUCCGUUCUGCAACAAAACAUUUAUUUACGCAAAAUCUUUCGAGAGACAUGAAGAAAUAUGUACUUCCAAUACAAACAACCUGCAGAGAACAGAGACUAACCUUGAAGGAGGAGAAGGAGAAGAAGGAGGAGAUGAAGGUGGGAUUGAGGAAAGAGAUGAUGAAGAGGAGGUUAGAGAACCUCCGGAUCCCUCGGAGAGGUUGAAGAGAAAGCGGAGAAAACAGGAUCGGAUCCAGGAUCCGGAGGAGGAUCAAGAUUUUGAAAAGAAACCUUCUGUAGUAUUCAAGUUUGAGCAUUAUGAGGAGCAGGACGGAGAGUAUUUCUGCAGGUUUCCGGGUUGUACUUACUCCGACCCGUUCAAGACCUUGGAGAACUGCAAAAACCACCAACUCCUACUCCAUGCAUCAGUACAGGAGAAAAUAUUCUUAUGUGAUUUCUGUGAUGAAAGAUUUUCUACGAUUCGUCUUCGGAAUAAGCAUAUUAACGCGGUGCACAAUAAAAGAUUUGAAUGUGAUCAGUGUGAAAGAAAGUUUAGUGAAAAGACUAGGUUAACAAUACACAUGAGAACCCACACUGGGGAGAAACCCUUUGUUUGUGAUCUUUGCGGAUAUUCGUGUAAUCAGAGGAAUAACUUAAGGAAACACAAAGAACUGAGACAUAGCUCUGCGGGGGAAGCGAGAAUGUUUCCCUGUGAUAUCUGCAGUGCUGUGUUUAAUACUAAAGGGAACUUGAAUAGACACAGAGCAAGGCACGACGCCAACACAGUAUUACCGUUUGUCUGUGAAACCUGUGGGAAGAAUUUUAAGGAUCAUGGUACUCUGAAGCAGCAUUCCUUUAGUCACGGAGCAGCAAAAUAUAACUGCCAGGUGUGUGGAGCAGCAUUUACAUCUCCUCUUUACUUAUACAGACACACGCUGCGAAAGCAUCCCACUGACGGAGUCCAGCCCUAUACCUGUGAUUUAUGUGAUAAAGGAUUUCCUUUAAAGCAUCAACUGCAGAUUCACAUUCAAGCAGUUCAUGAGAAAGUCAAGUACAGCUGUCCUCAUUGUCAUCAACAGAUGGGGCGGAAAACUUCUCUUUAUAGGCAUAUUAAAUCAGGCAGAUGCAGCGGAGAAGCCAAAGUAUCCGUCCUACAGGAGAAUAUCCUGACCCAACCCAACCUUCAAAUCCACCAGCUGGUUAAACCAUAUAUACCGGAGCAGAGGUUUGAGGACGGAUCCCUAGGGACAGAUGAGUUUACCAGCCUCGCAGGGGAGGUCACAGCACUUGGAGAACUUGUUCCUACUUAUCAUGUUUAUGUUACUACCCAGCCUACCCAGCAGUUCAUGAAACCAGAUACAGAGUAGGGAUAGUUAAUUUCCUCCUGACUACCAUGUUUAUGUUACUACCCAUCCUACCCAGCAGUUCAUGAAACCAGAUACAGAGUAGAGAUUGUUGAUUACCCUCCAACCUAUCAUGUUUAUGUUACUACCCAUCCUACCCAGCAGUUCAUGAAACCAGAUACAGAGUAGGGAUAGUUGAUUUCCUCCUGACUACCAUGUUUAUGUUACUACCCAGUACCCAUCCUACCCAGCAGUUCAUGAAACCAGAUACAGAAUAGGGAUUUUUAAUUUCCUCCUGACUACCAUGUUUAUGUUACUUCUCAUCCUACUCAACAGUACAACAAUUAAAGGCCAUUUGCGCUAGGCUCAAAUUAAAGAAAAUUGAUUAUCUUUCGAUCUAUAAUCUACAUGUAUUUCAAAUAUGUA